GGUGCUCUGACAUGUUCUCCCUGUGUCAGCGUGGGUUUCCUCCAGGUGCUCCCACAUGUUCUCCCUGUGUCAGCGUGGGUUUCCUCCAGGUGCUCUGACAUGUUCUCCCUGUGUCAGCGUGGGUUUCCUCCAGGUGCUCCCACAUGUUCUCCCCGUGUCAGCGUGGGUUUCCUCCAGGUGCUCCCACAUGUUCUCCCUGUGUCAGCGUGGGUUUCCUCCAGGUGCUCCCACAUGUUCUCCCUGUGUCAGUGUGGGUUUCCUCCAGGUGCUCCCACAUGUUCUCCCCGUGUCAGUGUGGGUUUCCUCCAGGUGCUCUGACAUGUUCUCCCUGUGUCAGCGUGGGUUUCCUCCAGGUGCUCUGACAUGUUCUCCCUGUGUCAGCGUGGGUUUCCUCCAGGUGCUCCCACAUGUUCUCCCUGUGUCAGCGUGGGUUUCCUCCGGGUGCUCCCACAUGUUCUCCCGGUGUCAGCGUGGGUUUCCUCCAGGUGCUCCCACAUGUUCUCCCCGUGUCAGUGUGGGUUUCCUCCAGGUGCUCUGACAUGUUCUCCCUGUGUCAGCGUGGGUUUCCUCCAGGUGCUCUGACAUGUUCUCCCCGUGUCAGCUGGGAUAGGCUCCACCCCUCUGCGACCCUCAAGAGGUUAAGCGGUUACAGAAAAUGAAUAAAUGCAGAUAUAUUUUAAUAAGUCAUUGAAUUAAAAUUAUACAUGUAUUCUUUUAAUAUUUUAAAAUUCAAGAAUAAAUGUUACAGUGCAACAUUAGAUUCAAUUUAAAGAGCUGCGGGUCUCUGGAGUUUGUUCCAUAAAAACUAAAUGCUGCUUCUUCAUGUUGAGUCUCGAGUCUGUGGACACCGUGUCCCUGAACAGAGUUGGGUAUAACGCGUUAGAGUACUUUGAUUACUUUUUGCAGUAACGAGUAACCUAACGCAUUAGUUUGCUGUGUGAGUAGUCAAAAAGUUAAGUACAUUGUCAUCAAGACAUCAGUUACUUCCAUUACUUUUAGAACGCUGGUCCUUCAGCUCCGAAACAGCAACAGCUGUUGUUUGGUUCUAAAUGCUUCAGAAUAAAAGCCUAUUUAGAAAAUGGAGGGAUUCUCUAGCCGAGGUUAUAAGGGGCUUUUAAUUUGAAACAAGUGUUGAGUUUGAAAUGAUGGUGCGAUAUGUUAACUUUACAAAGACAAUGGAGCGGAUAAAAAGUAAAUAUAUAAACACACAGAGGGAUUAAUAAAUAACGGAGCGUCUAUAAUGUAGUCUGUUUCAAAUGAAGCUGGGAGCCUCUGCAGUUGUGGUGAGUAAAAGCCCCGACGCUAUUUGUUAAUGUUAUUACUUUAUGUCCGACCGUGAGGAUGUACCAUUGUUUGUUAGCUUGAUGCUAAUGACAGUAACGUUAACUCAGCGGGUUGACAAAGUGCCUCUGCUGUUUCACACCAUCAUUUCCCCCUUUUACUCUGUGUGGUAACAUCCCUAGAGGAAAUAUUAAAAACACAGGGUGUCAUACAGUUGUCUACGGCAGAAGAUCAUUGUGUGUUUCUACUGGUCAAAGUGACGGCUGUGAUGGGAGAACUGGAUCUCAGUGAAGGGCAAGUGGUCCAUAACUUUAAUUUGGAGACAAAAAAUGUAGGCUUAGCGCCCUGUGGUCCAUUGGCCAAUAGGAAAUGUAGAAUACUCAAAAGUACUUUAAAAGUGCUUGAGUUACUUUUCUCAGGGAGUAAUGUCAGAAGUACUUUUAAAGUAAUGGAGUUACUUUACUCAGGGAGUAACGCAGUAAAGUAACUGCUUAUUUUUUCGAAAGUAACGCAGUAACGUACUUUGAAUACUUUUAAAGUAAUCCUUACCUAACACUGUCCCUGAAGACCUGAGGUCAGGGACAGGUCAGGGACAGGUUAGGGACAGGUCAGGGACAGGUCAGGGACAGGUCCUAAGGUCGACUUUCUGACAGACAGGAAGUCAGUGUGAACGCUGGACUGAACAGGCGCUGUCUUAUAGUCCAGUAUACAGAUCUAAUUAUACAUCCAUGGCUGUCUUUCUCCCUGUCUCCCCUGUCUCCCCCUGUCUC